GCAUACUUCCGGGACAUGUCAAGCCGCGUGGCCUUCUGGGAGGCACAACAGGCCUGUGAGAUGGACGGAGGGGCCCUGCUGAGUGUGGAGAGCCAGGCAGAGCAGCAGCUCAUCGAACAGCUCUUGCAGGAUCUAAGUUCCUCCUCCAGCAUUGCACCUGGUCCAGGAGAGUCAGAUGGAGACUUCUGGAUUGGACUGACACGGGCCAACAGGGAACCCCAAGACUAUGGCCACUUUGCCUCCUGCCCUGACCUGUACCACUGGACAGACAGGAGCACAGCACAAUUCAGGAACUGGUACUCUGAUGAGCCCUCCUGCGGAGGUGAGGCCUGUGUGGUGAUGUACCACCAGCCCACUGCACUCACUGGCCCAGGAGGGGCAUAUCUCUACCAGUGGAAUGACGACAGAUGCAACAUGAAGCACAACUUCAUCUGCAAGUAUGAGCCAGGUAUAAGAUCAGACCAGCGGCACAAACACAUCUUUUCAGACAGCAGCUCAUUUGUAGAUGCGCACAUUCUACUUUCCUUCUCAGGUCUUCUGCUCAUUUAUGUGAUUAUUCCCACCAUUCCGUUGCUGUUGCUGAUCCUGGUAGCUUCAGGGACGUGUUGUUUCCAAAUGCUCAGUAAAAGCAAACCUCGGACCAAAACCAGCGUGAACCAGACAACACUGUGGAUUUCCAAGACACCCAAGGCAGAAAAUGGCAUGGAGGUGUGA